GUAUGCUAACGUGCUAAAGAGCGAAGCCGGAAGCACUUUUGGGAUUGCUCUCUUGCACAUGCUCAGUUCUCUGGGGUUCGUUUAAGAAUGGCUGCUGCUGCUGCUGCAGGAAUAAACAAGCAGGGCGCUCUAACGACGAUGGAGACCUGCUUCCGACACGGGAGAGGAGCUAAUGGAAACACGGUUAAGGUGCUGGAGUGUGGUGUGUGUGAGGAUGUCUUCUCUCUCCAAGGAGACAAAGUCCCUCGUCUGUUGCUCUGUGGUCACACGGUGUGCCACGAUUGCCUCACCCGGCUGCCGCUCCAUGGCAGAGCAGUUCGCUGCCCCUUCGACAGGCAGGUCACUGAGCUGGGGGACUCUGGAGUUUGGGGUUUGAAGAAGAACUUUGCUCUGCUUGAACUGUUGGAGCGACUCCAGAAUGGAGCCACCAACCAGUCUGGGAUGGCGGAGGAUGCUCUGAAAGGCAUGGGAGAAUGUAUAAUCCGGUGUGACGAGGACGAGAGCCACACAGCCUCCAUGUACUGCACCGUGUGUGCCACCCACCUGUGUGCUGAGUGCUCCCAGCUCACCCACUCCACUCGCACUCUGGCCAAACACCGCCGGGUGCCGCUGGCCGACAAGCCUCAUGAGAAGACCCUGUGCCCGCAGCAUCAGGUCCAUGCCAUCGAGUUUGUCUGCCUGGAAGAGGCCUGUCAGGCUGGGCCUCUCAUGUGCUGUGUGUGUAAGGAGUACGGCAAGCACCAGGGACAUAAGCAUGCUGUUCUGGAGACUGAAGCUAAUCAGAUCCGUGCAUCCAUUUUGGACAUGGCCCACUGCAUCCGCACCUUCACAGACGAGGUGUCCGAGUACUCGAGGAAGCUGGUGGGCAUCGUGCAGCAAAUCGAAGGGGGAGAGCAGAUAGUAGAGGAUGGAGUUGGCAUGGCACACACUGAACAUGUCCCAGGCACAGCAGAGAGCGCACGCUCCUGUGUCCGAGCAUACUUCGCAGACCUCCAUGAGACUCUGUGUCGGCAGGAGGAGAUGGCGCUGAGUGUGGUGGAUGCUCACGUCAGGGAGAGGCUGAUCUGGCUGAGGCAACAGCAGGAGGACAUGACCAUCCUGCUGUCUCAGGUGUCCACUGCCUGCCUGCACUGUGAGAAAACACUUCAGCAGGAUGAUUGCAGAGUUGUGCUGGCAAAGCAGGAGAUCAACUGUUUACUGGAGACACUUCAGAAGCAGCAGCACCAGUUCACUGAGCUGGCUGAUCACAUCCAGCUGGAUGCUGGCAUCCCUGUCACCUUCACCAAGGACAACCGGGUCCACAUUGGUCCAAAAAUGGAGAUCCGUGUAGUGACUCUUGGGCUCGAUGCAGCUGGAAAAACCACCAUCCUCUUCAAGCUGAAGCAAGAUGAGUUCAUGCAGCCCAUCCCGACCAUUGGUUUCAAUGUGGAGACAGUUGAAUAUAAGAACUUGAAAUUCACCAUCUGGGAUGUGGGUGGAAAACACAAGCUCAGACCCCUCUGGAAACACUAUUAUCUGAACACUCAAGCGGUGGUGUUUGUGAUCGACAGCUGCCACAGAGACAGGCUCAUGGAGGCUCACAGUGAGCUGGCCAAGCUGCUGACAGAGAAGGAGCUGAGAGAUGCUUUGCUGCUCAUCUUUGCAAACAAACAGGAUGUUCCCGGCGCUGUGUCCGUGGAGGAGAUGACUGAACUCCUGAGCCUACACAAGCUGUGCUGUGGGAGGAGCUGGCACAUUCAGGGCUGUGACGCCCGCAGCGGCAUGGGCCUCUACGAGGGCCUGGACUGGCUCUCCAGACAGCUGGUGGCUGCCGGCGUCCUGGACGUAGCCUAAGUGGCCCUUCCCUCCCCGGUCUGACUCUGCCCCACCGACUGAACCCAGACCCCAGCCUUUGGCCCCGUUUGUCAGCGCUUCUAUGACUUUGAGACUGCAGCUUCAAGCUUCAUCUUUCUGUGGGCAAUAACGUGUAAAUACUCCAUCUAGCUUCAUUUCAUGGGAAAAUGGAAACUACAAAACUGUCCUAAAGUGUCCACACCACCCUCCCAAUGUGGAAGAAAUAAACUCACUGGGUCUAAAACAUGACUCCAAGCUCCCAUCCUGCUUCAUUUUUAAGGCAGCUCAGCCGGUCUAACACUAGUUUUUCUAUGGUUCCCCUUUUUAGCUAGCUGACUUAGGUCCAGUCAGGUGUUAGAAAUGCUUCUUGUGCCCUGACAGUGGGUGUCAUUUCAUGUUACUCACCCAAACACCAUGUGAACUAACCUCAGCUAAAUGCAGAGUAGUUUGUAUCAAUGAUAGUACCAUUUACAUACCUCUUGCUGAUCCAGUGCAUUACAGGUAGUAGUGGGAAAUCAGACUAAUGACCUUUUAGUGAAGUCCAGUGUACCUGCAGGUAAAGUAGGUGAGAUGAGACUGAAAUGUUCACUAUGGACUGAUGGUCAAAGGUUUGGGUUUUGGCUGAGCUCUCAACUUUGCCUUGUUGUCUAAUGGAAACAAUAGCAGCUGACGUUUCAUGGGGUCUUUGUUACAUAUGUGUGGAAGUUCAUUGUUUAAGUGUAUGGGCAUAUUUAAUGGCACAGCUGGUGGUGAAAUGGCGCACCAAUAGAGUUUUGGUUUGAAUGUCGUUUUCUGUUGCAGAACCGUUUACUGAACUUACGAACAGGAAUGUGGACGUUACUUUGAUACGAGGCAGUUGUGAGAAAUUCAGAGUUUUUAAUGCACCGAUUCUGCCUCCGUUUUGUGGAGUGUCUUGCACGCAGAAUUUGUGAAAUGCACUCGUCUGCUGCUUCACUACCAGCUUUCAUUUGGAAGCAAAUGAAUUAUCUGCUGUUUCUUAGUAGACUAAGUAUUAACCUGACUGCAAAAAACUAUCUUGUGAAAAAAUUCCUAUUUAAACAUCUCAUGCAGGUUGUGCUGACCCAUCUGGAGCGCCGACACGACGGUAUGACUUUAAUCUGCAGCCUUCAGUAAUGUAAUGUGAAACUUAGUGUAACAUUAAACCUAACGCUGACUCUUGUUGUUGAAGACCUGUCAUUUGAGUUAGAAUCUUUAUUCAUUGCUAUGUAAUGUUUACUACUUGUAUCUGUUUUUAAAAAAAAAAUGCACGGGAAAAGUCUUUCCAUAUGGUUUGUGAAAACAUUUGCAUUUGUUUUUGAAACAUAAAAGCACAACGCACAUUGAAACCUUGGUUACCAGUGGACUAAUAAUGGCUUUUGUAAAUUAUUCAUAAUGUGAUGCUGUAAAAUAAACGUGUUGAUCUU